AUGGUCAUCUGUGGUGUUGUCUUCCUGCUGGGCGUCACUGGGAAUGGGCUGGUCAUUUUCAUCACUGGCUUCCGUAUGAAGAAGACGGUCAAUACCAUCUGGUUCCUCAACUUGGCCAUCGCCGACUUCACCUUCACCCUCUUCCUGCCGGUGAACAUUGUCUACGAGGCCCAGGGCUUUCACUGGUCCUUGGGGGAGGCCAUGUGCAAGUUCAACCACAUAUUGACCUUUGGCAACCUCUAUGCCAGCAUCUACUUCCUCAUGGUCAUCAGCAUAGACCGCUGUAUUUCUGUGAUAAUCCCUGUGUGGGCAAGAAAUCACCGGAGCCCCAGAAUGGCCAGCUUUGUGGCUUUGGGGGUUUGGAUCUGGGCCAUAGUGUUGGGUUCGCCAUAUAUCCAUUUCAUGAACAGCAUGAAAAUGGGUGACAAGAUCUUCUGCUACAUUAAAUACAGUGAUAAUGAGGAGCAGGUAAAAGUCACCCGCCAUGCCAUGGUUAUCAGCCGCUUCAUCUUCACCUUCGUGAUCCCUUUUCUAGUCAUUGUUGUUUGCUAUGGGGCCAUUGUUUUGAGGCUGAGGAGGGACCGCUUGGCCUCCUCCAGCAAGCCCUUCAAAGUCAUCACAGCAGUGAUCCUGGCCUUUUUCAUCUGCUGGUUCCCUUUUCAUGUUUCCUCUUUCUUGGAGAUUCAAUCUUAUGAAGAUCACAUCCUGCACCUGUCACUCAUUAUCAGUGGUCCUCUGGUAUGCAGUCUGGCCUUCAUCAACAGCUGCCUCAACCCCAUCCUGUAUGUAUUCAUGGGGCACGAUUUCAAGGAGAAACUCAGACUCUCCCUCCUCUCAGUAUUCGAGAAGGUUUUUGCUGAGGACUCAGACAGAGACCAGAUCCUCAGUGGAGCUGGACUCCCAUGA